GGGCAGGCAGGGCGCGAGGCAGGGAACGCGGCACGCCGGGGAUUUCCAAGCCUGGGCUUGGAGGGCGGGAGAGGAAGUGCGGGGCGGGGUGGGGGAGAGAGCCGGGGCAGCGCACCAGGGACUUUCCAGCCGGGGCCGGGCGGCUGCGCUUGGGGCUGGCUUUGCUGCAGCAGCGCCGACGGCACCAGUGAGCGGCGGCGGGUCUCUCCCCCUCCUCGCAACGCAGGCAAGAGAGCAGCAGGGAAUAGCUUUGUAAGCCAGUACGGAAGGAACAGCUUGCUACUGUAAAAGGAGACAGCAAGAAGGUAUGAGAAAAAAUUGAAGGUAGAAAAUAAAAUCUAUAGUAAACAAGCGAGUAUAUUAUUUGGACAGAAACACGCUCAAAAGUCACAAUAAGAAUAAAUCAGUCGCAACAUGGACACUACCAAGAAGUCUGAUCCCCCAGUUUCUGUGGAUACGGUACAACAAAAGGCCAACCCAGAACGCAGCCCUGUAACAUCAAUCUAUGUACCAGAGCAAGGUGGUUACAAAGAGAAGUUUGUGAAUGCCGUGGAGGACAAAUACAAAUGUGAAAAGUGCCAUCUCAUAUUGUGCAAUCCAAGACAGACAGAAUGUGGGCAUCGAUACUGUGAGACUUGUAUGGUCGCUCUGUUAAGUUCUGCAAGUCCAAAAUGUGCAGCAUGUCAAGAAAUAAUAGCGAAAGAGAAGGUGUUUAAGGAUAACUGCUGCAGGAGGGAGCUUCUCGCUCUUCAGAUAUUCUGCAGAAACGAAAGCAAAGGAUGCCGAGAACAAUUGACCUUGGGACAGUUGCUUAACCAUCUGAGAAAUGAUUGUCUUUUUGAAGAACUUCCAUGCCCUCGUGCUGACUGUAAACAGAAAAUUCUGAGAAAAGACUUGCCCGAUCAUGUAGAAAAGACCUGUAAAUACCGGGAAACAACAUGUAAAUAUUGUAAAAGCCAAGUUCCAAUGAUUAUGAUACAGAAACAUGAAGAUGCUGACUGCCCUUGUGUUAUGGUUACAUGUCCUCAUAAAUGUAGCGUUUCUGCACUUCUGAGAAAAGAGUUGAAUGCACAUUUGUCAGAAUGUAUUAAUGCCCCAAGUACCUGUAGUUUUAAGCGUUAUGGCUGCACUUUUCAGGGAACAAAUCAGCAAGUUAAAGCACAUGAAUCCACCUCUGCAGUGCAGCAUGUAGACUUAUUGAAAGAGUGGAGUAAUUGUCUAGAAAAUAAGGUGGCCACACUCCAGAAUGAAAGUUUGGAAAAGAACAAGAGUAUACAAACUUUACAUAAUCAAAUUUGUACCUUUGAAAUAGAAAUUGAGAGACAAAAGGAAAUGCUACGGAGUAAUGAAUCUAAGAUACAUCACUUACAGUACAGUCAGGAUUUCUGCUGGGUCUCUACAGACCAGCGGGUGAUAGACAGCCAAGCCGAGAAGCUGAAAGAACUGGACAAAGAGAUCCGCCCCUUCCGACAGAAUUGGGAAGAAGCAGAUAGUAUGAAGAGUAGUGUGGAGUCCCUCCAGAACAGAGUGACUGAGCUGGAAAGCGUUGAUAAGACUACUGGGCAAGGAGCUAGAAAUACAGGUUUGCUGGAAUCACAGCUGUCUAGGCAUGAUCAAAUGCUGAGCGUUCAUGACAUCCGAUUAGCCGACAUGGAUCUCCGGUUUCAGGUUCUGGAAACUGCCAGUUACAAUGGAAUAUUAAUCUGGAAAAUCCGAGAUUACAAACGACGGAAGCAGGAGGCGGUGAUGGGGAAGACUUUGUCCUUAUACAGUCAGCCUUUUUAUACGGGAUACUUUGGCUAUAAGAUGUGCGCCAGAGUUUACCUCAAUGGUGAUGGGAUGGGCAAAGGGACGCACCUGUCCUUGUUCUUUGUCAUAAUGCGGGGGGAAUACGACGCGUUGCUUCCGUGGCCAUUCAAGCAGAAAGUCACCCUUAUGCUGAUGGAUCAGGGACCUUCUCGACGCCAUUUAGGAGACGCUUUCAAACCAGACCCAAACAGCAGUAGUUUCAAGAAGCCCACUGGAGAAAUGAAUAUUGCUUCUGGCUGCCCAGUCUUUGUUGCGCAGACUGUUCUAGAAAAUGGAACCUAUAUUAAAGAUGAUACUAUUUUUAUUAAAGUCAUAGUGGAUACAUCGGACCUACCAGAUCCCUGACAUAAAGCGCUGAGGCCAAUUCAACAGAAGACAACUCCAUUGGGGGCUCUUUUUUAUAUCAGUCUGUCUUCAAUAAGAGAUCCCGAGAGCUCAGAGGGGAUCACCAUGUGCUAACAGAAGGAAGAGAUUGGAGGCAUAACUUGCAUAGGGUCCAAUGGCAAAACUGUAGCAACCCAUUAAAGAAAUCAUACCAUGGUAUAUUUUCUAAAACUUAAGUAGGAACACUUCAAUUCUGACUUGAUCUUCAUGGGGAUAAAGAUUACGUCAGAAAAGCUUUUCUUAAUAUAUUGGUAAUCUAAUCAGUUGGAAGGGAAAAAAGACAAAAACAUCAGACUUUUCUUCCUUUAUGACUAGAAAACAAAAAGCCGAAGUUCAUACAUGGGUUAGCUAGAAACUGUCAGCAUGUUAAGUAAAACAAAACAAAACAACAAGAAGAAAUUAUGAAGUAAUGUUGCAGUUAAGAUAUUAUUACUUUGAAAAAUCUAAGUGCAAUCUUGUCUAAAAUAUAGUAUAUUGUCUAUUUUUAAGGCCUCAUCUGGUCUCUGUUUUAAAAUAAUUACUUUUGUCAGAAGACCUUGACAGACUGUCCAGAUCUUCUUGAAAGUGUCUAAAUCAGAGUCAUAUUUUUGUUUAGAGUUCUAUUAAUUGCUACAGAAAAACAUUUUAUUUUAAAACUGUUGAUAGACUGAUAUUUCUUGGAAGAAAAAAAAAAGAUCAAAUACAGGUUAUCACUUGUGAUAUGAAAAGAAACUAUUCAACUACUGCUGUUAUUUCUCUUUAGAAAUGUAAACCUACAAUAUUAUGUCGUAGUUAAUGACACUAUUUCAAAAUUAAGGAAAAAUAAUCACUCAUGGAUGCUGUGCAUCAUUAUCAGAUUUAUAAUUUUCACCCUAAAAUAGGGCAUUUGUUGAACUUUGGAGUUCUAAACGGAAUCCUGUAUGUUUUUAAAGUUCUGCCUCAUGCGCUCAGACCAAGCUCUAAAAAGUGUAUAUAUAUAUAUAAUAUCUAUUUUUUGCUAAAGCAUAAAUGUGCAACAUAUUUUUGGUGUUUGAGAAGAGGCGUAGUGCUGAAUGAUAGCUAUAUGGGAAAACCUGCUGAUUCAUCCUCUACUUGGCAAUUAGCAUAUUUUAGUAGAGGAUAUCCGUUAGGAGAAAGCAGUGUCUUAAUGGAAAGACGGUGGCUUGCAUGCAUUCAUGUGCCUUAGCUGUAAUGUGCUGCUUUAUAGCUCAUAGCUUUGUAUUUUCAGAUUUUAAUUUCAUGGUACCUGACAGUCAUUUUAACUGGACUUUAGGCAUAAUGCACUGACAGAUCUGUAGAGCCCAUCAAUGUUUUGCAGCAUGUGGAAAUAGAAGCCAAGACCUUGUGCUUCUGGCUUACUAGAGAUUCCACGGACUCAUUGUCGUGGAAUACAUACUUAACUUAUUCAGGUGCUAUAUUUUGCGCAUGAUGCUCCUAUGGAGCUGGGACUUUUGGCAGCGCCCCCUGUUCCUAGUGCAGUCGAAGAUCUGCUGCUCAGCACCAUGCUUACGGGUGGCUGGUGAUAGAGCGAACAUCGUUCCAAAUUGACUCAGUUCGGGGUUGUGAGGGAGUAUAUAAUAUAUAUGUGUAUGUAAUCAGUGCAUUUGUGGUGGUUAUUUUCUGGCAGAUUGACACAUGCUCCUGCAGGGAAAUCCACAGGAUCCUCUUAUUAUAAAUGACUACCUGAGCUUUACUAGAAAGCAUUUUCCAGCCUUUGAAUCAUGCUGAUUGCAACUCACAGAACUUACCGACUUCUGUUUUAAUAGUCCCUUGUGCGACUUGUAAGUCUAAUGGCAUAACUUGGACUUGCACACCAACCAUGUGGGUGCUGCUUUAUUGCAUGGGUGAUGUGUAACAAUGGAGUGAUCCCCUGGACAGAGUUGACAUGGCAGAUUGGAAGAAAAGGAAUCGUGUGCUCUUGUGUUCUCUAGCUAGUCAUGUUAAAUCCGCCAGGCUUUUCCCUUAGGGUUUGGGUGUUUUAUCGCCAGGAUUUGUGUCUAGGGCUCAGUUGGAAUGUUCAUGUCUUUGUAGUUAAGUUUUCUUGCUCUUGCCAUUGUCUUUUAUGGCUGUGCCUUCCCACGCAGUGCCUGCCAGAAGUAUUUUUCUGUUAAUAAAUAUACCAGUUGCAUGCUGAGUUGUCCUCAUGGGUUUUCCAGGCACCUGCUUGAAUACUGCCUGCUUUUUUGGCAGCCAAAAAGCACCCAGUAGCAACAUGUCUUCCUCUUCUUGCCUUCCAUUGUCCAGGUACUGUAUUCUCUCUUAUGGUACUUAGCUGUCAAUUGGUACAAAUUAGCGUUAAGAAGGCAGAAUUCUAGCUGUGAUAACAAAAAAAGGAGGACUUCCUGCCAAAGACAACACACGGUGCAGUGUUACGCAGGCUGAUGUAAACCCAUCACCUUCUGCUUUGGGGAGGGG